AAACACAUUCAGACUGCGCAAAGCUUUCUGGGAGUAGUGGUUCCGCGCCGCCAGACACUUGCUCUUCUUGAGUGAGUGGAGGAACUACAACUCCCAAUACAACCCGGAAGCAGCGUGAGCAGAAGGGCGGUUGUUGCAGCUGUGGCCUCUGUCCGGACUUGAACCUGGAAAAUGCUGCUGGCGUCCCAGGAAAGGUCCACUUCAAGGAAGAGCUUGGGGCUGAAUCGCUGGAAAUGGUUCGCGAGGAAGCAGAAUCCCAAGCCUGCUUUUGAUCCUGACAAUGUGGAGUACUGGUUUAAGAGAGUGGAGGUAGCCUCAGAAUUUGCAGUUUCCAACACAUUUUUUGCCAGAAAUUCAGAUUUACCUGGAAGGGUUUGGGGCCAAAUGAUAGAUUUGGAAACAUCCAAGCAAAUAGAGGAUCAUGAUGAUGUCUACACAGAAGCUCAGGAGCUAGUCAAUGACUGGUUAGGCACCAAACUUAAGCAAGAAUUAGCAAGCGAUGGAGAAGAGGGUGCUGAAAACACUAUUUCAAGUGCUGCUCCUGGGCCAGAAGCCAAGGGCCAUUGGGAAUAUGACAGAUUUGAUGAUUUAUGUGGCUAUUUGGAGGAAGAAGAGGAAAGUAUCACCAUUCAAAAAUUUAUGGACCAUCUGCUCCAUAAAGAAGUGGUGGAUUCUGGAAUUUUGGAAGAUCUUGGAAUGAAGGAAAACCAAGACAAGCAGCAGAAGGAUUCUCGUCUUACCAUGGAGAUGAGACAUAAGCAGGUUAAAGAAAAUCGCUUAAGACGUGAGAAAGAACUGGAGUGCCACAGAAUGGAAAAGGCCUUGAAAAAAUCAGCUUUCUUGGAGGCUCAGUAUCUGGUGCAAGAAGAGAAGAAAAGGAAGGCCCUGGAGGCCAAGAAAGAGAAGGAGGAGAUUCAAAGGGAGAUGGUAAAGCUGCGAAGGGAAAUACUGGAAAGGAGGCGCACUGUGGAAGAAGCAUGGAAGAUAGAGAGGAAAAAGCAAGAAGAAAAUCUUCAAAAGAAUCCAGAGAAAGGCAUUUUUCCAAGUGCUCGUAUUCUUCUGGAUGAAGAAAAAGUGGCAAAAGAAAGAAAAAGAAAACUGAAAGAGUUACUAAUCCAAACUUUCAAGGAAAAUCACAAGUGUCAAAAACGGUAUUUCUCUGCCUGGCACAAGCUGAUUCUUGAUCAUAGGAUUAAGCUGGGGAAAGCUGGGACCCUGUCUGACUGGAAGCUUCAACUGAAGGUCCUGCGAGCCUGGAGAGACUAUACAAGAUCCCAGAAGCUGGAGCAAGUGACUCAGGCCUUGGAAAAUGACCUGAGGGAAGAAAACAGAAAACAACAGCUGGCCACUGAGUAUAACCGGAAACAGGUUCUUCAACACUACUUUGCAGAAUGGCAGCGUUGGCAUGGUGCAGAGGUCCUAAAGAGAGAACUGGCUCUAACAAAGGAGGAAACCCGGAAGAAAAUGGAUGAGCUGCUAAAGGCAGCAUCUGUAGGGAAACUCAGUACAAAUGGGUCAUCGGGCAUCGGUCUACGUGAGGCAACAGCCAGAGAGAGCCUACCAGCAGCUGUCAUGCCCGCUUUGGGGAAAAAGAAGCCCUUGAGGACUGGUGGUUGUAUGCUAAACCCUCCCCUAGGAAGAACCACAAAGAGUAAUUUGCAGGGUCCCAUUCAGAAUGUCCCUCAAAACACACCUGACAGUAGACAGCGCCAGGCCCUGGAUGCUGAGCUCCUUCAACAGUCUGGCAGCAACAAGAAGCUGGAAACCACCAGCCAGAAUGCAGAACCUGCUUGCAUGGGGCAUUUCCACAACCGCCAUGUCUUUCAACAACAGCUGAUUGAGAAGCAGAAGAAGAAACUUCAGGAACAGCAGAAAACCAUUCUCGAGCUGAAGGAAUACCAGCGGCUGGCAGAGGCUCGGUGGGCCGCUGAGCGUGCUGCAGUGCUCACAGAUGCGCAGAGGCGCCUUCGGACAAAUCCCAGAGGAGCAGAGGAACCAAAAGGAACCUGCCAGACACUUCUCAAUUCAUCUGUUACUUCUCCUAGGACUGAAAGCAGUAGAUGCAACUCCCGAAAUUCUCUUUCUGGACCCAAAAGGAACCCAAAGCAGCUGAUGGCACCCCAUCCUAUACUGAAAGCCAUGGAAGAGAGAGCAAUUCAACGAGGUGAACGCAGGCGGAUCUUGGUAGAAAAGAAGAAAAAACAAGAAGAGGAGAAAUUGGCCCAGUUAAAGGCCCAAGAAGAAGAACGACAGAAGAGAGAGGAAAAAGAAAAAGAGGCUCAGCUUGAGAAAAAACGGGAGGAGAGGAGAUUGAAGAAAAUGCAAGAAUUAGAGAAACAGAAAAGAAUUAAGAGCAACAAAGAGCUGGAAGCAGCAGCCAAAGAUCAUUAUAAAAAUGUCUUGCUAAAGAAAAAAGGUUUGGACCCUUGGAAGAAAUUGAGACAACAAAGCAGGCAAAACAUUCAGGUGGCAGAAAAACAUCAUUCUUUGGCUCUACAGAGGAAAUGUCUGCUGACCUGGUUCCACUGUAGUCAGGAAAGUUUGGCUAGGAAGACAGCUCAGGCUGAUCAAUUUUAUUCCCAGCAACUGCUUAGGAGGGUCAUUCAGAGCUGGCUACAGUAUGUGACUGAUCUGGAGGAAGAAGUAAGAGAACUCUGUGUACACUUCCUUCAGAAGAAGAUUUUCAGGGCCUGGUUUAUCAUGGUCAGGGAGGUGAAGACAGACUCUCAAAGCAAGCAUAGGAUUGCAGUGGAACAUUGUGACAGGAAGAUUCUCAGCAUCAUAUUUCAGACAUGGCAGAAGUUUGUAAAAUUGAUGAAAGAGGAAAGGGUAAAAGAAGAAAGGCGAGAGCAGCUCCGCAGAAGGGUGGCGGAAAUUCUUCCAGACUUCCAGAUGCUGGCACCAUUGUGAUUGUGCUUGUACAACAAUCAGAUACUUGGCCUUGAGUGAGAUAUUAGAUACACCAGUAAACAUAGACUAACAUAGUACUUAGGAUGGGAAUCUUGAUGGGCUCAGGCUGUGUAUAUUUUAUCUCUAUCUACCCGAAUACAUACUUAUAGGUGGUUUAUUUUGAGAUACUUCUUAGGCCACAGGAAUUAUCUGGGGAAUUUGUACUUCCUUCUUUGAUUUUGCUUGAGUUGAUUUUGUUAGUAUUCACUCUAGCAUUCAUUUAUCCCAGUGGAAUCAUCCAAAGUAACAUGUAGAUCACCACUGUUCAAAUAUAUACUAUGUAUUUUUAGCAUAGUAAACUUUAAAAAGGACAAGUGAUUACCUGCCUGGGUUUGUGAAGGAAAGUAUGUGUCCCUAUGGCUUAAUGUGAGUUAAGUAAGACUUAGAAUAAACAGUGAGUACUUAGAAAAAGAGGCAUAGGAUGGGUACUUACAAGAGGGCCAGUGUGUUAGUACCUCAGCAUCAAGUAUCCUCCAGAGCCAGUCCUUUUAAGCCACUCCUGAUGGCAAACCAUGUAUUAAAAGCUACUCUACACAGCUGCUGCAGAGUGCAAAGGGUGGUAACGUCCUGAUUUCAAACUGGGGCACCAAAGAUAUUGCAUAUAAAGAAAACCUCAAAAGCUAGUAACUUAUCGAAGACAAUCCAGCAAGUCAUUAAAAUACCUGUUAAGUUACAACUUCUAAAUAAUCCACUUGAUUUGUCUUCCUGAGUUUGAUCUAGAUAUUGAGAUACUUAUCUUGAACUGAAAGAAGUUUUUAAUAUUUAAAGUGCUAUAAAGACUGAUAAAAUGCUCUCUUCUGUGAAUUGUCUUGAUAGAAUGACCUGCUAGGAAAAAAAUAUUUUCAUUACAAAAAACAUGCUUAUUUUAACAUAUUCAAGCCCAGAAAUGCACACAGUAAAUUGAGAAAGGCCCCUGCAGCCUGGCGGUAAACUAUUUGUUAUGUUAGAGAUUUGAAUUGGUAAAAUAAAAUUCUGCAAUUUAAA